AGGUGAGGACUAGCUGUUAUUUACAAAUAUAUAUGUAAAAUAUUGUGUUUGUUUUUUUGCAAAAUUUGUAUAUUCUGGAGGUGUCAAAUAAAUGUAGAAAUGAGCUGUGAAGAUAAAAAGGAUUUAGCUAAAUUAGAAGGGCAAAUAAGUCUGUUGAAACAGGAGCAUGCCAAGCUUCAACUUGCCUAUGCUGAACUAGAUAAGAAAUAUAGGGAAGAAGUUUCUACGUUACCGGUAGGCAACGAACAUAUAAGCAGUUUUGUGUCUAGUUUAAUGAAGACUGUUGCAAGUCUUUAUAAUAACAAACUUUAUUCCGAUAUAAAUGUUAAAAUCGGCGGUGGAACUAAACCCGCCCAUAAAUUUGUUUUACAUUCACGAUCAGAAGAUUGGACCGAAGAAAUUUUAAAUUCUACCGGAGAACUUGACUGGAGUAGUAUUGAAGAAGAUAUCGGAAUUGCGUUAUUACGGUGGAUUUAUACCGACGUUGCAGAAUUGGAAAAUGAUACAAUUGCUUUGGGACUUUUGCGUGCAUCGUAUUGUUUUAAAUUACCCGGAUUAUUAGUAGUAUGUGAGCGUGCUUUAGUGAAAUCGGUUAAUAUCCGUACAUGUGUAAAGUUUUAUUGUGUUGCUGAAGAAGUAGGUGCAAUGGUACUAUUGGAAUAUUGUUCUAAUUUCAUAUCUACACAUUGGGAUGAUUUUACUUCACAAGAUUUUGACGAUAUGUCGGCGCCGCUGUUAUACAAAAUAUUAAAUAGCAAAACUAAAUAUCCCCUUCAUGCUGCCGUGCGAUUGUUAAGAGAAGAUGUCGUUUCCUUAUUUUUAUCAGAAAACAGCAGCAAAAUAGCGGAAUUUAGUAACUGCAUAUCCGACCAAGGAUAUUUGCCACUCCAAUUAGCUUUGACAUCGAAAAAUCUCGCAAUAGCAGAAACUUUGGUGAAAAAUGGUUUUGCGAAUAUAAAUGCGUAUGAUGCAGAGGGUUUCCCUUUGUUAGUAAGAUCUAUUCAAGACUGCGAUGAAUUUGCCGCGAAUUUUUUAUUAGAUCAUGGCUGUGAAAUAAAUCUUAAAGCCAGAAAUUCUGGGAAUACUGCUAUACACAUAAUUUGCGAAUAUUCUCCCUUAAAAGGGGAGAAGGGUGCUUUUGAAACUAUUAUAAGUAUUGCCAAAAAGAUACUGUCACUUGAACCAGAUGUCAACGUUCAAAAUGAUUAUGGGGAAACUCCUCUCCAUAAAGCAAUAUUAUCUGGCAAUGACGAAAUGGUGGAUAUGUUGCUUUCUGUACGCAGUUUAGAUGUUAAUUUGCAAACAAUCGAGGAUAAAUCCGCCCUAGAAAUGUGCCUAUUAAAUUCUAAAGACUCUUGGCGUAUUCCCACAAAACUAAUAGAACUCGGGGCCAACGUAAACCGAAUAAAGGAAUCUACUCAAGAGAGUUUGUUACAGAUUUUGACGAAAAACGAUUUAGAGGAAGCUGCAAUUUUUUUGUCAGAUUAUGGAGAUUUUAAUCACGUUGAUGCUGAAGGAUUUACAGUACUCCAUUUAGCUGCGAAAAAGAGCUUAUCAAAUUUAGUAGCUAAACUGCUAGAAAUUGGAGCAAAUCCAAAUGUUCAGCUAGAAAAAUCCCAAAUGAAGACACCUAUUCAUUUAGCGGUGGAAGCCGACGCUGUCGGAGUACUAGAAAAAUUCGUAAAUCUAAAACAUUCGCUUCCAGAGCUAAUGCCAGAUUUUGACUCCAAAGAUUCUAAUGGAAAUACUCCAUUAAGCCUUAGCAUAGAAUUAGGACGAAGCCAUCUUAUUUCUCUUCUAAUAGAUGGUGGAGCGAAUGUUAAUGCUCGAAACGGUGAAGACUUGACCCUCCUGCACCAAUCGAUUUUAAAUAAGGAUACAGAAACUGCUCUUUUACUUUUGCAACAUGGUGCCGAUGCAUGCUGUCUAACUGGCGACAAAAAAUCACCCUUACGGCUAGCUAUCAACUCUCAUAUGCCGAAAGUAGUCGAUUACUUAUGUUCUAAAGGGGUUGCUUUACACUCAUCCAUUGAUGGCAUUAAAGAUCCGCCUCUUUGGACAAGUCUAGAGCUUGGAUAUGAAGACAUUGCUCAGAUAUUAUUGCGCCACGGCGCUGAUACAGAUUGCUGGGAUGACGGACCAGAUGGUUGCCUUCAAACUUUAUUACAUCGUGCCAUAGAUGAAAAUAAGGAAGUCAUUGCAAUUUUCUUGAUAAAAAGUCAAUGUGAUAUUGAUUCUCCUCGCCAACCUGGUCCUAAUGGUGAAGGGGGAGAUGAAGCUAAUGAUAAAGCAUCUCCAUUGCAUGAAUGCUGUCAAUGGGGUCUAACCAAAGUAUUACAAGCUUUAAUCGACCAUGGCGCGAAUGUAAAUGCUCUAGAUAUAAACAAUCAAACUCCAAUACAUAUUGCAAUUAGAAAUCAACACGAAGAAGCUAUAUCUAUUUUACUAUGUCACCCGAAUAUUGACCUAAGAAUACGAGACAAAGAAGGAAAUACUCCUUUCGCGCAAGCCCUCAUUGUUCGAAAUCAUAAAGCCGCAGAACGAAUAUUAGGUCGAUUACCAAACGCUGCAGAGCAAAUGGACCAUCGCGGACGCAACUUUCUUCACUUAGCAAUACUGAAAGAUGAUUUGGAAGAAACCCUUUUCUUAUUGUCAGUUAAAGUAGAUGUAAACUCUAGGGUCCAUGAUGUAAAUCAAUCUACCCCCUUACAUUUAGCAGCCACUUCGCAAAAUGAGAUGAUUAUGAGGACCCUGAUUCUAGCAGGCGCUCGUGUUAGUGAGAGAGAUGCUAUUCAAAAAACACCACUUCACGUUGCAGCUGAGCGGGGCAACUUGAUUGCAAUAACGGCACUUCUACAGAAUAAUACAGACUACGAUGCCAUUGAUGGUGAAGGAAAUAACGCGUUACAUAUUGCGGUCCGGAAAGGAUAUUUAAGUGUUGUAAGAGAGCUAUUAACAGAAUCAAGAAUCGACGCAGAGGCAAUAAAUAACAAAGGUCGAACGCCACUUCAUGAAUUAUGCCGCACUGGUGAGGAUACUGGUGCUGCUGCUAUUUGUGACUUUUUUAUUGAGUGUAUGCCAAAAUACCCAAUAAAUAUGCCGGAUGCAGAUGGAAACACACCUCUAUUACUUGCAUUCAUGCGGGGUCAAUCACCAUUAUGCAAAGCUUUGGUGAAAUAUGGAGCUUGUCUUGGAACAGAAAAUAGGGACGGAGUUAAUAUAUUUAACUUUAAAUUAGCUACAGAUCAACUUUUACACAACCUGCUUGAUCAACUAUCACAGGAGUCUCCAUGGUCUGAAUCAGAUGUGUGUCAAGAAUGUCGCAUAAAAUUUUCUCUUACAAUACGCAAACAUCACUGCCGUCAUUGUGGGCGCGUUUUAUGUUCCAAAUGCUCAAAUAAUGAAGCUCCGAUCCUCAAAUUUGGCUUAAAUAAACCCACGCGUGUAUGUUUCACGUGUUUUGACGUUUUACAUGGAGGAAGCCGGUCUUUCCAAUGAGGGUAGAAGUUUACUAAAACAUGUGCUGCUGCUGCAAGAUGAGAAGUGUCCCUCAACAUGCCCCAUUAACAGAACUUUCCGUACAAUAAUAUUGAGUACGCUUAAAUAAAAACAAUGUAAAGAGUUAUGAAAAAUGAAAUAGUUAAUUAAUUGACAAUAUAUUAUGAUCACAACAUGUACAGGUCCCUCCUCAUCAUAUAUUUUUCACUUCUAUCUGCUGAGAGAACAAAGAAAAUUGGAUAAGCCGUUCAUCUGCAUUUUU